AGCUCAAAAAAGUCGAAGAUCCCGCAUUAUAGUAAGUAUAUUCACUUUAAGCCAUACGACUUCUUCUUUUCUAGUAGCCAGAACAGAGCAGAUGAUGCGUCCAGAAAUUUCACCCUCAUUUUAUUCAUCAGUCAAGAACCAUGAAAUGUGGACACUGUUGUGACUUGUUUUACUUUUUGCUUUAUGAUAAUGUUCAUGUUGUCUCGCUAGUUAUGCCGACUGUGUAUAUUAUAUAAUUAUUUGACCAGAAGAUAAUUUUAACCGUAUCCUCCUCCUCCUCCUAUUCUUGAAUAUUUCGAAAAGCAUGCCGUCGUCAAAGCGGGACCGAAGACCGGCUGUUGGUCGUCCGGACACCAAGAAAAGAACGUACAGCGGUGAGGACCAAGCUGCAGUUCCCGCCGACGCAGAAGAGUCUUCGUGUUUACUUUUGGCCGGCGCGGCGGGGGCGUCGACGCCUCUGUAUCAUGGUCGUGCAGAACAAGCAAGAGAAAUCACCGCAUGGGAAGAUGAGGAUGAAAAUGGAGCCAGCGAAGAUGCCGUUUACGAGUUUGGGUCAUCCUUACGAUGCCAUUUUCACAUCCUUACGAGGCUGUGUCUGGGUUUUCUUUUUUUGCUCUUUGGCCUCAUAGCAAAAGGACUGCUCUGCGCUUCAUGGGCGCGACAGAAAUCGCACACAUCUGGUGGGGAGCAUUUCGUGCAAAGUCCCCCUGCCCCCUUCCAAAAAAAGAAAGGCGUCGCCCGGUAGUAACUCGGCGAAAAAAAUGGCACGGCUGCGGCAGUGGUCUGGCGAAAUUUGUUGCAGCUACGCUUGGCGGCUUUUCGCAAUAUCAAGCGCCACAGUUACGGCGCGAAACGGGGCCGGCCCCGGGUCCGGCCGCCCAUUAUGGGCGACCGGCAUCGCGGGAUCCGUUUGUAAGUGGCUGCGUCUGGAAGCCGUGUAUGAAUGAAACGGAAAAAUUGCGUAGAGAAUACCAUGCGGCACGCGCCUCGCACCGGGGGCACGGUGGGAGUUGGUUCGCCCAAAUGGCGCGGUGUUCGGGACGGCCAAAGUGCCCGAAUACGCUCGGGGAACGUGUUAAAAACGCAGUCAAUUCCCUGGCCCGAUUCUGCCUGCGGCCAGAAAAGUCGCGAGUUUUCCUGCUCAAAAGACUUUGAAAAGACUUUGAAAAAACUUUGGAAAGACUUUGGGAAAAGCGCCCAGAAGUGCGCGCUUUUUGAAAGCUUCGCCCGAUGGUAUGGCCAAUUUUGGCCAUGCAAAAACGGGAGCGCUUUUCAAAGUCUUUUCAAAGUCUUUUCGAAGUCUUUUCCAAAGUCUUUUCAAAGUCUUUUCGAAGUCUUUUGAGAGUCUCGUGUCUGACUUUGGCGAGGCGGCCGGACCUCAGACUUUGGCACGGGAAGUUGGGCCAUACCGUCGGGAUUCGGCCAGUCGGCCGGGUCCAAAAGAGACAAAGAAGGCCAAUUUUGGCCAUUUGUGUGCUGCCAUGCCCCCGGGGCUGCGCGCGUGCCGCAUGGUAUUCUGGGCACCAAAUUCGCGGCGCCGCGAAGUUGGAAGGCGGCGCGGCGCAUGUGGCACAUGGGGGGCCGCAGCACCACCGGCGCUGCGCGCGUGCCGCCUGGGUAUCUGGCCGCAUCUUUCCUAGCGCCGCCUCCGAAGCGGAAGCAGCUCGCGGCGCCGCAAAGGUGGGGGCAUGUGACACACGGGGCGCCGUUGUGCCGCCGGCGCGGCAUGCGUGCCGCAUUACAAUCUGGCAGCGUUUUUCCUUCUGCCUAUGCCACGCCCCAAGUGGGCGCACUGCUUUAACGCGCCGCGCAGUCCUCUAUUACAGCAACAAAUGGCGACGAAACUCCGCGCGCCCUUUCGCCCUCGCUGUGUUUUUUUCUUGAUGUUGGAAAGGGCCGCGCCCAGCAACGCGCCGGGGGCGCAGCCUCUUACCUAGCGCGCCACCCGGGCAACGGGAAGCGCGGUGGGACAGCGACAGGGCAUGGGGCAACCAAAAGAAGGGCGCCAGCGUGUCGCGCGCGGCCCGCAAACAAAAGUUUUAUAAUAGUUCUGCCCAAGUAUUUCGGCCGGAGGAAACACCUGGGCGUCGUAGGUGUAAGGGAAGAUGAGGAUGAAGAUGGAGCCAGCGAAGAUGCCGUUUACGAGGCUUUGCUGGACCAACGCAGCAGAGGACAUCAUGCUGCAGCCGGCGCAAUGGGAGCAGGCGGACAUCUAAGGGGUAGCUCCUCCCAACAAGAGGAUACACCAGCUGUCGUCGUGUCUGGUGGUGUUUUAUUAAACAAGAAACGCACGCAGGACGAGUUCUACUUCCAGAGGAAACAAACCGUGGCUUGUUCAUCAAGUACAGCCACACACAAAAACGCCGUUUGUUUCGCCCAAUUACCUGGUGCCACGAGAGCAGCAUGCGGCUCUACUACUUCACGGGAUGAAGCAGCUCCAUUUGCGGCGGGCGGAUCAUCGGAGAUGAACAUGCAAAAUCUCAAUGACACGACGGCGAAAAGAAGCCCAUUGUGGGUGAUGGUGCUGAUGGGAGGGCUGGUCUCUAUGUGGCUGUCCACGAUGUACGUGCUGCCGGCCCUGGAGGAGGAGAUGAAGAGCUUCACUACGCCCGGCGACGAGGGGAAAUCGACGCGGAGCGCCAUCGAGAUGCUGUACCUGAUCUCCUUUUAUCAAAUGCAAAAAUGUCAUCUGGGUCUGGAAGAUUGCGAGUUUUGUCAUGCUGAUCUGGCAUGGCCCUUAAAUCUGUAUUGCGUGGCCACAAACAGCCUCUCUCGCCUGUCAUGCAAGAACGCAGUUUCUCAUGCGGAAUACGCCGCACAGAAGCACGAAGUGACUUGUCAUGCUUGGCGGCGCAUUACAGGAAGGGCAUUUGUUAUUGACUGACUUGCAUCACAAGUUUCCAGACCCGGACAUUUUUGCAUUUGAUACCUUUCUCGGGAUGGGGUUCGGCGUGCUCCCUGGAUGGCUGGUAGACGUGCUCGGUCCCAGCCUUACCACGGCGAUCUGCUCCCUCUACCUCGUGCUAGGAAUGGCCGGCGUCGGCUCCGGCCUCUUGAUGCAGGUAUCUAAGUACUUACUUAUUCAUUCUACAACUAGGCGGCCUCUCAAAGUACUAAAUAAAAAUGUACAUGAUGAAUCAUCGGGUGUCUACGCCGUGCCUUCUGUUUUCGAUUUUUUUAUGCGACCUCGCUCUUUAUCUUUCUGGCGCACGACGUUUAUGCUUUCCUCGUUCUGAGGACUAUGUUAAUUCCUGUUCAGUGUUGGCGGAUGUUGGUCAUGCUCUGACGGAAAUAAGAAGAGACUCAAACAACUACAUCCUGUAAGUACUUAUGAAAAUUCAUUCUUGUCACUAUCAGUCGCCAGCCAUCCUGUAUGUCGCCGCUUUCUUGUAUGGCAACGGGUCGAAGGGUAUCAAAUGUAAAAAUGUCUGGGUCUGGAAGAAUGCAACUUGUGAUGCUAAAUUUGGAUUCCAAAAAAAUCUGUAUUGCAUGAGCAGCAAAGGGAGUGUAAUUUUUGAUACGCGGAGGGGGCAUUUGUCAUGCGGAAUAGGCAUCGCGAAGCCCGCGCAAAAAAUGUGAUGCUAGGGCAUGCAUCACAGACAUCAUGGCCCAGGCAAAACAUGCAUGACAAGUCUCAGAAUCUUCCAGACCCAGACAUUUUUACAUUUGAUAAAUUGCAUUUGCCUCGGGACCCUGUGCGUGAUGAUGCGGGCGCUGCCCUCGGAGACCUACUCCACCAUCUAUCCUGAGUAAAAACGUACCCACACCAGAGUUGUAAUGCAGAUCUGCAAACACAGGAAGACUUGUAAUGCGCAUCCCCAUGAGACCCAUUUCCAGUCGUGUUUUGGAAUUUGUGAUGCUGUGAACAGGAUGAGCAGACGAAUCUGUGACGCGGCUGCACUUGCUAACCUGCACUACACUGCAUAGCGCAACUUGUCAUGCGUGACUCACAAAACUCCCAGGUUUGUGCUGCAAAAUCCUCAUCCUGACUCUGGUGUGGGUACGUUUUUACUCAGGAUACCAUCGCGGGCCUGUUCAUGAUGCUGGACGCCUUCAGCGGGAUCACGUUCAACCUGUUUUACAAGGGGUACAAGGCCAUUCCGGGCGUGGCCAACCCGGCGGCCACCUGGUUCUUCGUUUCCGGGGUGUUCAUCGGGCUGCUCGGCCUCGGCGCCGCCUUCAGCUACUGGACGCUGUACGAACGGCAGAAGCGGUUGGAGGAACAAGACAAGGCCGAAGUGGAACUCGCCGCGACCGAAGAAGACGAGUAUGAUAUUACAAUGAAAAAUGCCCCCACCCCCGAACUUGAAAGCAUUUGUAUUGCAAACCUUUCCAAAUGAAACAUUUGUCCUCUUGCAUGUAUCAAUCAGCAUCACAGAUUUCCGAUCGUGAAUAGCAAAAAUUUGUAUUGCAAAAGAUCCCAGGUAGAGCGGUGCUUGUCAUGCAAGCGAUGCGAAACACGACUAGAAUCAGCAUCAGAAAGAUUCAUACUCCUUUCAUGCAUGGUAAAAAGUUUUCAUUUGGAAACUUCGCAUCACAAAUUUUUGCAACUUUGGGAGUGGGGGGCACUUUUCACUGUAAUAUAUGACGACGAGAACCCGGCGCCGCCAAACUUCUCGCUUUAUCAAAAGGAAAAAUCCCCCCUCCCCAUAUCGAAACGAAGUUUCUGAUGCUGGAUUUCCGUACACAGAUCAGAUUUGUCUUGCAGUAGAGGACUGCAGGCAUGUGUCAAGCCUCAGACGAGAGGUUUUGACGUAGGCGCCUAGCAUGACAAACGUGAAUGCUCUAAGCCCAACAGCAUCACAAACCGCCUGCAAAAUGCGGGGCGCUCUCUGAAAGUGCCUUCUUGCAAGACAGACAGGAUUUGAGGUCACAAAUGCGCAUCACAAAUUUUCAGACGGAUACGUUUUCAAUAUGGGGAGGGGGGAUGUUUCUCUACGAUACGCUGGACAAGAAUCUCAGAACUAGCUCUUUCAGCGAUCUUCAUGAUGCAGCUGUAAAGAAUAAAGAGGAACAAAUUCUAAACCCAAAGACGGCCGUCGCCUCGUCGAACCAGGAGGACAAAAAUGAUGUCAGUGCUAGCAAGAAGAAAACCAAGACCACCGUGGAAGAUGAUGACAGCGAGAAGUUUCCGAAGGGGCACAUGCUGCUGGGCACGGUGUGCCUGGCGUUCGUGAUGUUUUUCGGGACCGCGUGGGGCAUGUGCUACAAUAAGCAGGUAAAAUACAUGUACGAACCCGCGGUGCGCGCCGACAACGGGUUGCUGACAAAGGCCGACCUGCUGUCUCUGUCGAGGCGAGCCGAAAAACCGCUGUUUUCCCUCCUCCGUAGUAAUGCGCAGUACCAGUAUCGUUACCCGGUAAGCCCGGACUUGGUGGACGCCAAAUUCUCGGACCUGUUUCUCUGGGAAUGGAAAGUGGUAUAAAGUAAAAGAUUGAAUUAGUACUUACAAUUGUUGAAAGCUUUCUACUUCCCGGGCAUGUGAUGUAUGGAACAUUUCUGUUACGCUGGCAGAAACGAAGAUUCGUUCUAUUGCCGAAUUACGUCAUCGUCGAUCUUUCUAUUCAUUUUCCUUCUCCGUCGCGAGCACCAGUCACCGUCGUGUUUCAACAUCUUUCAUGCUGCACGCGACGCUUUUGAAGAAGUUUCCUUUUAUCAUUAUUUUUUGUGCUUUUCUGCAGGUCCCGGAAGACCACACCCCGGACAACCCGGUCCCUUUCGCGGACGGCACGAACACGAAGCUGCUUCCCCUCGUGGCCAGGUUUGACAGCUACGCGGCGGACCGGGACGUGCUGAUCGCGCAGGUACGGUAUUUCAACGACGCGGACACGGUUGCCCUUCGUUCGGUGGAGAUAGGUUUAAACAAUUUCUCCUCGGACGAGAACGUGCUGUACAUCGAACCCAAAAUCCACUCUACUGGGGGCUUGCGGAAGUGGGAAAGAACCGAGGGCGUGGCCGCCGGCAGCCAGGACGCCUUCACCGAAAAAGCGUUCGAUCUCGCGCUGCCCACGACGAUCUUCAUUGCCUCAAACGGGAUCGGCCGCUUUCUGGCGGGCUUCGCGGCCGAAAGUGUGGGAAAGUGCACCGCACUCGCGAUCUAUUUCCCCGUGGCGCUGGUCGUGUACCUAGCCGUGUUUUUCUGGCAGGGGUUUGUGGGAGGUACUAUACAUGAUGUUCAUUUAUUGUUUGUGUUUCUACUUGAAUUUGAAUUUGUAGUAAACGGCAAAAGCCGGCUGGUACUGAAGAUUCUACACGUUGUUCUGCUGCCGUUCAUAACCUUGAAAAAAAAAUUAACUGUCUAUGCUACACUUGUUUAUACAUAACCACGAUCGCACCAACAGGCUUCCCUAGCAGCCUCGCGGGUAUGAUCAGCACCACCAUUAUCGUUGGGCUCGCGUUCGGCGCCCAGUUUGCCAUGAUGCCGAUCUACUUGAAGACGGUGGUCCGUCCGGCGAACAUGGGGCUUUUGUUUGGCAUAUGAAUUGCAAAAGUGUCUGGGUCUGGAAGAUUGCCAGGUUUGUCAUGCACACUUUGCAUGACUUCUGAUGUCUGUGAUGCAUGCCCUAGCAUCACAGAUUUUGUGAGGGCUUCCUGAUGCCUAUACCGCAUGAGAAAUGCUCUUUCCGUGUAGCUAAACUUGGACUCUCUUUGCUGCCCAUGCAAUACAGAUUUUUUUUGAAUUCAAAAUCAGCAUGACAAGUUGCAUUCUUCCAGACCCAGACAUUUUUACGCUUAAUAUGGCACCGCCGUGCUGGCGCUCGUGACGGGCAACUUCGUGUGGAACCUUAUUGUGAGGCAAAAUCCCCCCUCCCCAUAUUGAAAAGGUAUGUUUCCGAAAAUUUGUGUUGCUGAUUUCAGGUCACAAAUCGUGUUUGUCUUGCAAGAAGACAAAGCCAGAGAGUCCGCCGGAUUAUGCAGGCGGUUUGUGAUGCUGUUGGGCUUACAGAGCCCACGUCUGUCAUGCUAGUCGCCUACGUCCAAACCUCUCGACUCAGGCUUAGCAUAUGCCUGCAGGCCUCUCCAGCAAGACAGACCUGAUUUGUGUACGCAAAUCCAGCAUCAGAAAGCUCGUUGCGAUACGGGGAGGGGGGAUAUUUCCUUUUGAUAAACCUUCUCCCCUACGCCAGCGAGGAUACGUCCAUCGUGUGGUCGAUCGCCAAUGUGCGGCAGGACUACCCGAACGAUGUGGAGCAGCUUCUCCAGCGGCAAAGCGACCCGGUGCACGGGCCGUACACGCAAUUCUUCAACGAAAACGGGAAGGUGAACGGAACCUGCGUGGGGCCCUACUGCUUGCGCGAGUUUUUUCAGUUCGCGUUCUUCCUCACCCUAUUGUCCUUCCCCUUCUCACUCGUCAUGCUCGGCGCCCACCUGUCGCUGCGCAGGCAGCGGAAGGAGAGGGAGCAGCAACUCGCAUUGAUGUUGCAGGAGGAGGAGGAGGAGGAAAAAAAGACGGCCGAGACGUAAGUACCAAAUAAUGUUCAUCCGGGUCCUUUGACGCAGAUGAAGUGGAAGUGCGCGACGAGGCACCAGAGCCGGAAAAGGAGCGCUAGCGGUACCGUACCAAAAGGUGUCGUGGGCUAUAAACUGCUCGGCAUGACCAUGGAGCUACAUGGCACAACCAGGGCGCUUCUACUGCUCCGGAACAUACUAAGUAUACGCCCACACUGAGCCCGGACGAACACGUGCCCUUGCGGGAAGGGAGAAGUGAAAAUAAUGAUAUGUUGACUACCACCAGCACGGUGUGGUUUUUUAAAAUCAGGAGCACAUUUAGCGAUUGCCUGUAACAUUUUCAGCGUGAGUUUGAAUUCAACAAGCUAUGUUUUUGUUUACUCAGUUCGUGGUCAACGUAGAAAUUUCUGUACCUACACAUCAAUUAAUUGAAUGAUCAUCGUCGAUUGACCACAUCAAAAGUCCCCUCGUCCCGAGGGGCCGGAUACUUAUUCGCCUUUAGUUGUACCCAAACCAGCUUGACUCCCAAGUUCAUUAUGGAACUCUGCCUUGUUGUUGUGGUCGCCUGUCGGACAUAAAUUGUCGCGACAACGAGCACAAGGUUGAUUUCUGCUUUUUUUUUUCAUCUAGCGACACGAGACACCCCCCCAUUGCCAUUAUCGAUGAUGAAUCAGACCCUAAGGACUUCUUCGGCGUGUAUUUUACUUGAGGAUCAAAGAAAAGAUCUUCAGCACUGUGUGUGUCUUAUAUCCAAUAUAGCGUUUUGCCUCAUGUCAUGUCAAUCGGAAGUAAAGCGUCUCUAAAGCUGCAAGUAGGUACUCUUUUCUAUUGUUGCUUGUCAAGUUUACAAGCAGCAACGUUUUGCAUCGAAUUCGAAAAUGAAAUGUUGGCGCGGUUAUGUAAUUUUGGGAGUUGAAUUUACUUCGCCGAGUUGCAGCAUGGAUGGCGGAAUCAUGUGCAGCAUUUGUGUCAAAAUCGCACGAGCAGAUCACGAAUUCGAAUUUAUUUCUCACGGAUGCGCAUGCUCCUGCCACGAAAGAAAUAAGAGCCAGUCGAAGCGUGUACAUGUGCCCGUGUAGAACUGUGUCCGUAGGUGCAGGAACCUUGUAAAGAUAAGGAAGCCGUAGACAAAAGUACAAGUUGAGCUUGUAGUGAUGAGAAUUCGAGUAAAGAACGAAGAGUAUGAAGCUGGAGCACUUGUUGUCACAUUCAGCAUCUUGCUGGGCGUCGCGGCCACACUGGAGCUCAUAUUGUUCCCAACGGAGACUGAAACAUGUUUCAGUUUCACUGGUUCUGGUUCGUUUUCCAAGAAUCAAUCAUUCAUAGAUCAAUUUCAAUCCACCGAUG